AUGGCCUGUCUCCUCAACAGCGUCCCAUCUCUUCGCCCUGCUGUCACCGUCCUGCUCCUAUCUGUCAAGGCAGCAGUAGCGGCUGAGUGGUUCUCAGAAGACCAGCAAGCAAGCAUUCGUGGUUUCUCUGAUAUUGCUCUGAAGCCUUUUUCCUCCUCUCUCGCCGCUCGCCCCGCCUCUCUCUCCGAUUGGCUGGACGAAUCUCCAGGUCUGCCCCAUGCUGACGUGGCAGCCGAGGAGCAGAGGGCGCUUGGCAGGGAGGUAGAUCCGGGGGAGGUGAUGCAUGACGUGGCAGGAUUCCUCCCUACAAUGAAGCUAGUUGAAGUCUGCACAGCACUCACCGUACAGCCAGGCUUCCAUGUUCUCACUCACGACUUCCUCGUCUCGCACCAUCCCAAGCCGCAGCAGAAACUGCGCUUCUUCUCCAUUAGAGCAGACUUUGUCAACUCUUCUGCCACCCUCGUCUCGCCGCCUCAAGCCAGCAUCAUGUUAAACGCCAAGGAGGUGCCCAACAGAACAGCCAUAGACCAGGACCGUUCCCCAUUGGUACCAUCUGACGUCAUCAAGCUUCUGAGGCUCGGGGUGAACAUCUUAAACCUCAUGGGCCGCCUCUCGGUGCCCUACAUUUUUGUGGUGGCUUGCUGCGACUACAGCAGUGUGAUGGCAAUCAACGAGCGCAAGCCCAUGUGGAAGUGCCCCACGUGCGGUGCUGACAUCAGCGCCACGUCACUCUGUAUCGACAAUCGUAUGGUGCAGGUUCUAUCAGAGACAACAGCCAGCACCGAUCAAACCGAUGUGCUGCUCUUUCCGGAUGGUUCCUGGCAGCUUCUACCCCAGGCUAACAGGCCUGCAUCUUUGCGCGUGCAGCAAGUGCGCACCCAUGCACCUUCCCAUCAGGCCCGUCCUCCUGUGCCCAGCCAUCCCCUGGCCUCUCCUGUUGCUGCCAGUGGUACAGCCUCUCUUGCUACAGCAAUUCCUGCUACAGCCGCUCCUGCUUCAGCCACUCAUGCCACAACCACUCCUGCUACAGCCAAUCCCACUUCAGCCACUUCUGGUGCGCCCACACCUGUUUCAGCCACUCCUGCCACAGCCAUUCCUGCUUCUGCCACUCCUGCCACAGCCAUUCCUGCUUCUGCCACUCCUGCCACAGCCAUUCCUGCUUCUGCCACUCCUGCUUCAGCCACUCCUGGUGCGCCCACACCUGCUGUGGGGCCUAUCCAGCCAUUGUCACGCCAGCUGUCAGCACGCCAUUUGUCGAUCAGAGGCAGCGCUGAGCUGGCAUCUCUGGGCAGGUCGCUUGCUGCUGUGGCAGCCUCAGCACUGGGGGACCGCCACGGCCGCAACGUGCUGCACUACGCCGCCGCGCAAGGCCGAGCAGAGCUCCUUCGCGUGCUGAUUCAGCGCGGCGGAAACGUCAAUUCUCGGGAUUGCCUCCAGAUGACCCCUCUGCACUUUGCCGCUGCAGCCGUCGAUUCAGUUGUAGCGGAGAUUUUGCUGGAAAAAGGCGCAGAUUCUUCCGCCUUGGACGCGAGUGGAUUAACUCCAUUGGACUACGCCGUUAGAUAUGGGAGCUUGGCUUGUGAGGAGUUGCUUCGAAGCACUACAAAGUGUAGUAAGGAUUCCGCCGAGGGAGCAGAGGCGAAGAGAACCGCAUCUACGGAGUGUAGCGCGCGAUACCCCAUGGCCACUCUGGACACGAAUGUCCCGCUAUCCUCGACAACUCGUCCAAGAAAGGCUUCAGAACCACCACACAAUCCGACAGACACGGUGUCUUCGUCUUCGUGUCGCUCCGCCUCCUCAAUUCCCUCCUACACCCCCUCCACGAAUAAAGCCGCGCCGGCAGCAUCGGCGUUGGAGUCGCUGCUUGACGCCUGGAAGUCGUCGUGCGAAAGGUCUCGCCUUUGCGAGUCGCAGGCGACUGCUGCGAGUAUAGCAGGCGAUCUCUCGUCGCCGUCAAGAUUAAUAAACGUCAGCACGCCAGAGGCCGCCUCUGCAUCCGUGCGUGAUCUGUGCACGACGGCCGAUCCGCGCUCACCUGCCAUGGAGUGGACGCCUUGCGGCAUUGUCGGCUCGUGUAACGGGUCGUGCAGUCAGCUGACCGGGCCGUGCGGCUUGGCCGGACAGGUGGGCUGGCACGCAGCGGGAAAAGUCAGCCGCGCGGUUUGCUGCUAA